AUGUCGCGUAUCGAAGCGUCGAUGCGUUCCCUCGUCUCUUUACGAUCGCUGCUAUGCUCAGUGAACACUCGUUAUGCGCACACCGAUUUGCCAAAAGUCAGCUUUCAGGAGUAUCGUCGGAAGAAAUUGCAAGAUCCAAACGUAUCUGCCAGGGAAAGCGUCGAUGAGCGAAGAGUCUCAACCUUUGCGGCAUCUUUCAUUGGUGGAGUUGCUUUUAUGUACGGGGUAAAAUCUCACCUGUUACAUUACGUUAUGUUUCUGGCCCCUUCGCGAGACGUCCUCGCGGAAGCGCAGAUCGAAAUUGCCUUGCAAGGCAUAAAGGUCGGUAAGGUAGCGAUUAUGAAGUGGCGAGGGAAACCAGUCUUCGUUUAUCAUCGUCCGGAGUCCACGAUCGAACAAGAGAGAGCGGUGAACAUCGACGAAUUAAGAGAUCCUCAAACAGAUGAAGAAAGAACGAUAAAACCAGAAUGGCUGAUCGUAACCGGUAUUUGUACGCAUCUUGGCUGUGUACCGAUUCCCAAUGCCGGUAUGAUAGCCGGUGGAUUUUAUUGUCCCUGUCAUGGUUCCCAUUUCGACGCAUCCGGUCGCAUACGCAAGGGGCCCGCCCCCACCAAUAUGGAAGUACCCCAGUAUAAGUUCCUCGAUAACGAUACCAUCCUCGUUGGUUGAUUUCUUCUUUUAUUCUUCUCCAUCACUCCUUUGUUCCUUUAUGUUUCUUUCAAACAUAUUCUUUCUCUUGCUUUCCUAUCGAUUUUUCUACUUUCUUUCAAAUAUCGCAUUCAUCGUUUGCCGCCACAUUUUAAAACCAUGAGUUGUAAGCAGCGCCAUACGUAAGCAGCGCUACAACGGACCAUUGUGUUUCGUGUUCUUUUGUAUCGUACAAUUUCUUUACAUUUUUCACUUCGUUUGUCUCGUUGACACGAAUGUGGUUGAUCUGAAUUCAAUUAAAUAAACAUUUCAUCUUCAA